AUGAAAUCAGAGUUCGAAAUGAGCUUAGUAGGUGAACUGUCUUGCUUUCUGGGGUUGCAGGUCAAACAGAGAAGUGAAGGUAUAUUUAUAUCGCAAGAAAAGUAUGCCAAGAACAUAGUCAACAAGUUUGGUCUGAAUCGGUCACAAUACAAAAGGACUCCAGCUGCGACACAUGCUAAAAUUACCAAGGAUAGUAUUGGUACUGCAGUAGAUCAUAAACUGUGCAGGAGCAUGAUUGGAAGCCUUUUAUAUUUAACGACAAGCAGACCGGAUAUUGCCUAUGCUGUUGGAAUAUAUGCUCGAUAUCAGUUAGAUCCUCAUAUCUCUUACUUGAAUGCAGUUAAACAAAUAAUCAAAUAUGUUCACGGAACAACCAAUUUCAGAAUUCUGUAUUCUUACGAUACAUCUUCUGAACUGGUGGGAUAUUGUGAUGCUGACUAG